GUUCUUAAAACAAGCUCGAAACGAGAAACCCAAUAAAAAAAAGAACUUUUCACUUGCACUGAUCAACAGCAAGUACAAAAAUUCGAAUUUCCUCCAUUUUCACCUUGGGAAACUAAUACAACCUCCAUUUUCUCUCUCCUUUUUUUGUCGUUUGAAAUUACAAUUUCGCGGCGUCCGUUUAAACCCUAAUCAUCUUAAGCAAAUCAUUGAUCGAACUCAAAUUAAUAAAGCUCGAUUGGGCACUUGAUUUUCAUCCAAAUAUAUCGCAUAUAUACUGAUGGAGAGAAAAGAUAGUGAUUUGGAAGAUAACAGCGAGAAAGUAGAUGAUGAUGAUGGGGUUUAUGAGGAUUCUUUUUUGGAGGUUUCUAGUGAGGAAGAUGAAGAGGUGGCAUUGGAUGGAAGUGUAUCUGAACUCGAGGCCCCCCUAACUGAAGAAGAGAUAGAAGAAUUGGUUAAUGAACUACUUGAAAAAGAGAGUAAGGCAGCCGAAGCACAAGAAGCACUUGAAGAAGAGUCUUUGCAGAAGGUUGAACAGGAAGUGAGAGAAGAGCUGGCUGCAAAUUUACAAGGGAAUGAUCUGGACAAGGCUGUUGCAGAUGAGAUGGCAGCAUUUAGAGAAGAGUGGGAGGCAACACUUGACGAGCUUGAGACGGAGAGUGCUCACUUACUGGAGCAACUGGAUGGUGCUAAUGUUGAUCUUCCAAGCAUCUAUAAAUGGAUUGAGAGCAAUGCUCCAAAUGGUUGUCUUACUGAAGCUUGGAAGAAACGGAUACACUGGGUAGGAACUGAGGUUGCCAGUGAUGCUGUAGAAUCCAUUAAGAAUGCUGAAAAGGAUCUUCAGAUCCUUAGGCCCGUAAGGAGACGACAUGGUAAAACUCUGGAGGAGGGUGCUAGUGGAUAUCUGGCGAAGAAAAUGUGUGACAACGACAGUGGGGAAGGUUCGACUGGAAACCCUGGGGUGGAGUGGAGCUCUUUGAACAAAUUAUUUUCAGAUCAUUCAUCAAAGGAGGACAUUGCCUUUGGUAGCAAGCAAUGGGCUUCAGUAUACUUGGCGAGUACUCCUCAGCAGGCUGCAGCUAUGGGCUUAAAAUUUCCUGGGGUGGAAGAGGUUGAGGAGAUCGAUGAUAUUGAUGAUGAUCCAAGUGAUCCAUUUGUUGCUGAUGCUAUAGCAAAUGAAAAGGAGUUGGAUCUUUCUGAAGAGCAAAGGAAAAAAUACAAAAAGGUUAAAGAGGAAGAUGAUUUGAGUUUUGAUCAAAAACUUCAACUUCACUUGAAUCGUAGGAGGCGCAGAAAAAGAAUUGAGCAGAAUUCCAGGCAUGCUGAAGGUGUAUUGAGUGAUAAUGAGGUGGCGACCUGCCAUGAUUCAAAAGUUGCGGAGCUUGGUAAUUGUGGACUUUCUGCUGAUGAUCUAGAGGAAAAUAAUAGUCCAAGUGGUGAUUCAUCUGAGUGUCAGCCAAAUGAACCUUCUUGUGGCUCCAAGCGUGCCUGUGAAGAUGAAGAGCUGGACCAUGAAGCUAAGAGAAGUCGAACUGGUAUUCUGGAAAGUGAUAGUGAAACUCAAACUCCGAAUCGUAAUUUUAUAGAUUCGCGUGAGGCAAAUGACAUGGUAGUAGAGGAAGAUCUCUUUGCUCAAGAAAUUGAUAAUGAGGCUAUGAAGGUUGACACAUCUCUAGAAAAUGUAUAUGAGAAGUUCUUCUGCACUGCUUGUGGUAAGGUGACAAAGGAGAUAUGUGAACAUCCUCUUCUGAAAGUAAUUGUUUGUGGGCAGUGCAAAUGCGUCAUUGAGGCAAAAAUAAGGGAUCCCCAGUGUUCGAAUAAAUAUUGUGGAUGGUGUGGAAGCAGUAACGAUUUAUUGAGUUGUACAUCAUGUGAACUCUUAUUCUGUGUUUUAUGUAUAAAGAGGAAUAUUGGAGUAGAAUACUUGCCAGAAGCAACAUGGAGAUGUUGUUCCUGUUCUCCAGAUCUCCUGCAGCAGUUGACCUUGAAACUUGAGAAAGCUGUUGGCUCUCCAGAUUCAACAGUUUUUAGUUCUGACAGCGAUACAGAUAGUUCUGAUGAUGAAGAUGGUGCCUCUACCAGCACAAACAGGACAGGGAAAAAGAAAAUUCGAAGGAUUCUAGAUGAUACUGAACUAGGAGAAGAGACAAAGAGGAAAAUUGCUAUGGAAAAGGAACGUCAGGAACGGCUCAAGUCUCUCAAAGCGCAGUUUUCAAGCAUACCCAUGAUGAUGAAUGCUUCCACCUGUAAUGGAAGCUUACCUGAAGGUGCAAGCUCCGAAGUUCUUGGUGAUCCUUCAACUGGUUUUAUUGUGAAUGUCGUGAGGGAGGAAGGGGAAGAUGCUGUCAGGAUUCCUCCAAGCAUCUCUGCCAAAUUGAAAACACACCAAGUCGCAGGAAUCCGUUUUAUGUGGGAAAACAUUAUCCAGUCUAUCAGAAACGUAAAGGCUGGGGAUAAAGGCCUCGGUUGCAUUUUAGCUCAUACCAUGGGUCUCGGUAAAACUUUCCAGGUCAUAGCCUUCUUAUACACUGCAAUGAGAGGUGCUAAUUUGGGUUUGAAAACAGCGCUGGUCGUUACACCGGUGAAUGUGCUGCACAAUUGGCGGCAGGAGUUUAAAAAGUGGGAGCCCAGAGAAUUCAAGCCUCUUCGUGUUUACAUGCUAGAAGAUAAAUCAAGGGAGCAACAGAGAGCAGAGUUGCUAAUGAAGUGGAGAAGAAAGGGUGGGGUGUUCUUGAUGGGCUAUUCUUCAUUUAGAAAUUUAUCCCUUGGAAAGAACAUGAAAGAUCGUAAAUCAGCCAAAGAAAUCUGCUACGCACUUCAGGAAGGGCCUGAUAUACUUGUUUGUGAUGAGGCUCAUAUUAUCAAAAACACCAAGGCAGAAAUUACUCAAGCUUUAAAGCUUGUUAAAUGUCAGAGAAGGAUUGCUUUGACAGGGUCCCCUCUUCAGAACAACCUUAUGGAAUAUUACUGUAUGGUUGAUUUUGUGAGAGAAGGAUUUCUCGGAAGCAUGCAUGAAUUUCGCAAUCGGUUUCAAAAUCCUAUAGAAUAUGGCCAACAUGCGAAUUCUACUGCUAAUGAUGUGAGAAUCAUGAAUCAGAGGUCACACAUCUUAUAUGAACAGCUAAAAGGGUUUGUCCAAAGAAUGGACAUGAGUGUGGUGAAAAAGGACUUACCUCCAAAGACUGUGUUUGUUGUAGCUGUGAAGUCUUCUUCACUGCAGAGGAAAUUAUACAAAAAGUUUCUUGAUGUUCAUGGAUUUACGGGUCAUAAGGCUUCUUGUGAAGGAAUCCGAAAAAACUUUUUUGCUGCUUACCAAGCCUUAUCCCAGAUAUGCAACCAUCCUUGGAUUCUGCAAAUGAUGAAAGACAGAGGAUAUGCAAAACGAGAAGACAGUCCAGAUGAUAGCUCUAGUGAUGAAAAUAUGGAUUCCAAUUUGGGAAUUGGAGAGAAAGCGAAGGCAAAAACUGAUAAAGGCUUCCUUCAUGAGGGUUGGUGGGACAAUCUUCUUAAUCAGUAUAAUCACCAAGAGAUUGAGUAUAGUGGCAAAAUGGUUCUGUUGCUGGAUAUUCUGACCAUGUGCACUGAAAUAGGUGAUAAAGCACUAGUUUUUAGCCAGAGCAUAGCAACUCUGGAUCUGAUUGAGUCCUAUCUAUCAAAAUUGCCUCGGCUAGGUAAGAAGGGGAAAUACUGGAAACGUGGACAGGACUGGUAUAGAAUUGAUGGCAAGACAGAAGGAUCUGAAAGGCAGAGGCUUGUUGAUGCAUUUAACAAUCCCCAGAAUGGCAGAGUUAAAUGCACUCUUAUAUCAACAAGAGCUGGAGCCUUGGGGAUUAAUCUUUAUGCUGCCAAUCGUGUAGUAAUUAUUGAUGGUUCCUGGAAUCCAACACAUGAUCUUCAGGCGAUAUAUCGGGCCUGGAGAUAUGGCCAGAAAAAGCCUGUAUAUGCUUAUCGGUUGGUGGCACAUGGGACUUUGGAAGAAAAGAUCUAUAAACGUCAGGUGAAAAAAGAGGGCCUUGCUGCAAGGGUGGUCGAUAGACAGCAAGUCUUAAGGAGUAUGUCUAAAGAAGAGAUAUCAGAUCUCUUUAACUUUGGUGAUGACGAGAAUCUUGACUUGUUACCUGAUUUGAUAGAGAAGAAUGGGCAUAUGACCGAUACAUUUAACUGCAAAAAGGUUGAGAAUUCUUCGAAACUGAGUUCUUGUGAUUGUCCCAGAAGCUGCUCUUCUGACAAGUUGAUGGAAAAGUUACUUGAUCGGCAUCGUCUAAGGUGGAUUAUGAAUUUCCAUGAGCAUGAGACACUGCUGCAGGAGAAUGAAGAGGAGAAGCUCACAAAAGAAGAACAAGAUUUGGCGUGGGAAGUAUUUAGAAGAAGUAUGGAGUGGCCUGAAGUUCAGCGAGCUCCAGCUGACAUUGAGUGGCAGGAAGUGAGGAGGGUCCCAGUUGACGAGUCUACAUUCGAGCAAAAACAAAGUACUCUAAACACAACUAGCAUAUUACAAGAGAGAAGCGAUGUUUCCAAUCCCUUGGCUAAUAUUCCGACAAGGUACAGUAUGCAGGCACGGAGAUGCACCAACAUAUCUCACCUGUAUACUCUGAGGUUUCAAGGAACAAAAGUGGGCUGCACUACUGUUUGUGGGGGAUGUGGCGAAGAAAUAAGUUGGGAGGCCCUCAAUAGGGAUAGCAAGUGAAAGAAGGUUAGUAAUGAAGGAUCUCGUCGGGGCGUUUGCCCAUUUUGCUUAUAGCUUGAUCCUUGUAAGUAGAUUGUUGCUUUUUGUAUAGGAGUAAGAUAGUGCCAUGCUGAUUCUUUACCUCUCCUUCCCUUUUGACGUUGGUAGAGUUUAACCCCUGACCUUACGGUGUAUUAGGAUCUAACAAUUACAACAUACAGUGUACAGCAAACAUUCAGCCAAAUUUUGGGAUCACAGAAUGAUAUAAAAAGCAAAGCAUUUUGUUAAA